CUUUUUUUAUUUAUUUAUGAACCAUCAUCUCAAAACUGCAUUGAAUGGUGUAUUUGCUAUUUAUAAACCAAAAGGAAUCACUUCACGACAAGCAGCAACUAAAGUCCAACUCUUUCUUACUCAACAUGUUUUACAAACGGAUCGUCCUUGGAAAGUGAAAUUAAAAGAUCGAGUCAAGGUUGGCAUGGGUGGUAUUCUAGAUCCAAUGGCAGAAGGUGUUUUGGUCUUAGGAUUAGGUAAUGGAUGUAAACAAUUGCAAUCAUAUUUGAAAGGGACAAAAGAAUAUGAAGCCACAGCUCUAUUAGGACAAACAACGGAUACCUAUGACGCUGAAGGUACUAUUGUACAUACAGCACCCACUCAACAUAUCAAUGAAGAUUUACUCUUGUCAGCAUUAGAUUCAUUUCGUGGUAAUAUUCUACAAACCCCACCUUUAUAUAGUGGACUCAAGGUACAAGGGAAACGAUUAUAUAAUUAUGCACGACAAGGUAUAGAACCACCUACUUCUUUAAUACCAAGACAAGUGACACUACAUCAAAUUGAAUUAUUGGAUUUUCAAGGUACAACUGUGGUAUUGAAAAUGGAAACCUCAGGCGGAUUUUAUGUACGAAGCCUUAUUCAUGAUUUGGGACAAUCUUUAGGAUGUGGUGCUCACAUGACUCGGCUAGUUCGCACGAAACAAGGACCUUGGACUCUAUCUACCUCAUUACCUCUUUUAUUAGAUACAAAUAUGAAUGAUCAAAUGAAAUUAGAUACUAUAUUAGAAGCACUUUCCCAUUAGAAAAGAUAGAUGUUGUAUAUAAUAACAAUAAAACUAUUUAUGUAAUAUGUUUGUGCUUGGAUUA